AUGCUUGCAGAAUAUGCAAGCAUGUUGAAGAUUACUGAAAAGAGUGAUGUUUUUAGCUAUGGUGUGGUGUUGUUAGAGAUCAUAACCGGAAAAAAACCGGUUGACGAGUCGUUUUCUGAAGGUCAACAUGUUAUCCAAUGGGUUCGUGAUCACCUCAAAAGCAAGAAAGAUCCAGUAAACAUUAUAGACAAAAAACUACACGGAAAUCCUGACUCUCAAAUACAGGAAAUGUUACAAGCCUUAGGAAUAGCGCUCUUGUGUACAAGCAACCGUCCUGAAGACCGGCCAACAAUGAAAGAUGUGGUUGCAUUAUUGCGGGAAAUCAGACAUGAGCCAACAAUAACCCAUAAAGAGACCAAUAAGCCACGACAAGAUUUAGGUGUUUCGAGCUUGUAUUCGUCAUCUUCGGUAACCCCAGCUCAGUUGUUGAUUCAGGGUUCAUCGAAUUGCUCCCUUGCUUACUCGUCUUAA